AUGCGACUCGCCAAAAGAAUUCAUGCUGCUCGCCAAAAAUUCAUGCAGCUCGCCAAAAGAUUCAUGCGGCCCGCCAAAAGAAUUCAUGCGACUCGCCAAAAGAAUUCAUGCGGCUCGCCAAAGAAUUCAUGCGGCCCGCCAAAAGAAUUCAUGCACGACUCGCCAAAAGAAUUCAUGCGACUCCAAAAGAAUUACGCAAAAAGAAUUCAUGCGACCGCCAAAAGAAUUCAUGCGAAUCGCCAAAGAAUUCAUGGACCCGCCAAAGAGUUCAUGCGACUCAUAAAGAGUUCAUACGGCCCGCUGCCAAAAGGAAUUCAUGACUCGCCAAAGAAUUCAUGCGACUCGCCAAAAGAAUUCAUGCAUUUCGCCAAAAAGUUCAUGCGGCCCGCCAAAGAAUUCAUGCGACUCGCCAAAAGUUCAUGCGGCCCGCCAAAAGAAUUCAUACGACUCGCCAAAAAAGUUCAUGCGGCCCGAAUUCAUGCGACUCAAAAGAAUUCAUGCGACUCGCCAAAAUCUGUUCAAUUAAAGCCCGCCAAAAGAAUUCAUGCGACUCGCCAAAAGAAUUCAUGCGACUCGCCAAAAAAAUUCAUGACUCGCCAAAGAAUUCAUGCAAAUCGCCAAAAAAAUUCGUACGGCCCGCCAAAAAAUUCAUGCGACUCGCCAAAAGAAUUUCGUCAAAAGAAUUCAUGCGACUCGCCAAAAGAAUUCAUGCGGCCCGCCAAAAGAAUUCAUGCGGCUCGCCAAAAGAAUUCAUGCGACUCGCCAAAAAAGAAUUCAUGCGACUCGCCAAAAGAAUUCAUGCGGCUCGCCAAAAGAAUUCAUGCGGCGCCAAAAGAAUUCAUGGCCCGCCAAAAGAAUUCAUGCGACUCGCGGCCCGCCAAAAGAAUUCAUGCGACUGCCCAAAAAAGUUCAUGCGACCCAAAAAAUUCGUACGACUUGCGAAAGAAUUCGCGACUCGCCAAAAGAAUUCAUGCGACUCGCCAAAAUGCGGCCCGGCCAAAAGAAUUCAUGCGGGCUCGCCAAAGAAUUCAUGCGACCCGCCAAAAAAAUUCAUGCGGCGCUCGCCAAGAAUUCAUGCGACUCGCGAAAAAGAAUUCAUGCGACCAAAAGAAUCAAUACGACUCGCCAAAAGAAUUCAUGCGGCCCGCCAAAAGAAUUCAUGCGACUCGCCAAAAAGAAUUCAUGCGACUCAUCGCCAAAAGAAUUCAUGCGACUCGCCAAAGAAUUCAUGCGGCUCGCCAAAAGAAUUCAUGCGACUCGCCAAAGAAAUCAUGCGACUCGCCAAAAAAAAAGAAUUCAUGCGGCCGCCAAAAAGAAUUCAUGCGACUCGCCAAAAAGAAUUCAUGCGGCUCGCCAAAAAGAAUUCAUGCGACUCGCCAAAAGAGUUCAUGCGGCCCGCCAAAAGAAUUCAUGCGACUCGCCAAAAAAAAAGAGUUCAUGCGGCCCGCCAAAAAAUUCAUGCGACUCGCCAAAAAAGAAUUCAUGCGACCCGCCAAAAGAAUUCAUGCGACUCGCCAAAAGAAUUCAUGCGACUCGCCAAAAGAAUUCAUGCGACCCGCAAAAUUCGCGGCCCGCCAAAGAAUUCAUGCGACUCGCCAAAAGAGUUCAUGCGGCCCGCCAAAAGAAUUCAUGCGACUCGCCAAAAGCGUUCGCCAAAAGAAUUCAUGCGACUCGCCAAAAAAUUCAUGCGGCCCGCCAAAAAGAAUUCAUGCGACUCGCCAAAAGAAUUCAUGCGACUUCAUGCGACUCUGCCAAAGAAUUCACUCGACAAAAAGAGUUCAUGCGGCCAAAAGAAUUCAUGCAGACUCGCCAAAAAGAAUUCAUGCGACUCGCCAAAAGAAUUCAUGGGACUCGCCAAAAGAAUUCAUGCGACUCGCCAAAAGAAUUCAUGCGGCCGCCAAAAGAAUUCAUGCGACUCGCCAAAAGUUCGAAAAGAAUUCAUGCGACUCGCCAAAAAGAAUUCAUGCGACUCGCCAAAAGUUCAUGCGGCCCGCCAAAAGAAUUCAUGCGACUCGCCAAAAAUUUAGUUCAUGA